AUGUCGCUGGUUGCUUACGCCAGCAGCGAUGAGAGUGAGCCGGAUGAGGCUGAGCCGGAGCCGGAGGAGGAGGAGGCGGCGGCCCCUCCAUCUGGGCCCGCUUUAGGGGGCCUGUUCGCUUCUCUCCCCGCACCCAAGGGCCCGGCCCUGCUGCCUCCGCCCCCCCAGAUGCUGGCCCCAGCUUUCCCCCCGCCGCUGCUGCUGCCCCCUCCCGCCGGAGACCCCCGGCUCCAGCCGCCUCCGCCCUUGCCCUUCGGCCUGGGGGGCUUCCCCCCACCCCCAGGCGUGAGCCCGGCCGAGGCGGCGGGAGUUGGGGAGGGGCUGGGAUUGGGGCUGCCCUCGCCCCGGGGCCCCGGCCUCGGCCUGCCGCCCUCCGUGGGCGGUGCCGGGCCCCCCCUGGGCCUUCCCAAGCCAAAGAAGCGGACAGAGCCCGUGAAGAUCGCGGCGCCGGAGCUGCGUAAGGGGGAUGAUCCGGGCGCAGGGCUGGCCUGUCUGCCUGUUUCUGAGCUCAAAAUCCCGUCGAAAGAGACUGGCAGGCUGCCCUGCCCCACGCCUUCCUCCCGAAGCUCGGAUGGCUCUCUGGACGCUAAGCCCUCCAGACAGGUUAAGACUAAGCCUUCUUCCCCUCGCCUCUCUGUCAAGGGCACCACACCACCACCACAAUUCUCUGCCAUCAAGGCUGCUGCCAAGAGUGCUGCCCCACAGGUGACGAAGAAGCAGAUCACGCAGGAGGAGGACGACAGUGAUGAGGAAGUAGCCCCCCGAGAACUUUUUUCUCCCUUCCCUGACAAGGCUGAGCUGCCUGAGUUGAGCCAUCCCUUACCACUCCUCCUGCCGUCCCUGGAAGAGCUGCCUCCAGGCACGGAACCGAGCGCCUUCCAGGACGACGCAGCCAAUGCCCCCCCUCAAUUCAAGAUGGCAGCGCGCGGGGGCCCUGAGCCUGGGCCUGGGGAUGAUCACGCUAUAACCAGUUUCCACAUAGCAGCGCAUGCUGGGCACGCUGGUGCUUAUUAUCAGGAUUAUUACAGUGGUGGCUACUAUCCUGCACAGGACCCGGCCCUGGUCCCCCCCCAGGAAAUUGCCCCAGACGCCUCCUUCAUCGAUGACGAAGCAUUUAAGCGGCUACAGGGCAAGAGGAACCGAGGGAGGGAGGAAGUCAACUUUGUGGAGAUCAAAGGUGACGACCAGCUCAGUGGGGCUCAGCAGUGGAUGACCAAGUCGUUGACAGAAGAGAAAACCAUGAAGUCAUUCAGCAAAAAGAAAGGGGAGCAGCCAACGGGCCAGCAGCGGCGGAAGCACCAGAUCACGUACCUGAUCCAUCAGGCCAAGGAGCGGGAGCUGGAGCUGAAGAACGCCUGGUCCGAGAACAAGCUGAGCCGCCGGCAGACCCAAGCCAAGUACGGGUUCUAG